GACUCACAUCAGGGACAGACUACUAAUGUGCCCGAGAUGACCUUUAACCCUGCCGCUUUCGUCCAAUCACAGGAUGAAUCAUCCCUGCUGAGAUCGGCUCAGGCCAAUGAGAGAGCCCAAACUAACCUCUGGGUAAACGGACAGCCUCAUCGGGGGGGCCUCUCCCCACCUCGACCAGCCUUAUGGUCCAGACCUCGACUCGGUUCCCUCCCUCGUCCGUCUGUACCAAUCAGCAAGAGACCCAACCUGGUGGGGAAACCUGGAGACACAGAUAAAGUCAACAACUUGAAGCAGACGGACAAACUGCCCGUCCUGAAACCCAAAGUACCUCCAGCAACCGUCAAACCCACCAAACAGGAACGCAAGCAGACGAGCACCGCUGCCCCGACCACAGCCGGCGGUCGUCAGGAGACGUGGGAGGACUCAGAGCUCUUUCAGUCUCAGCCGACCUCUGAUGUCGACGCUUUGGGAAAAAAGCGUUACGUUGCUCCUCACGUCGUCUACCAAACAGGAAAGAAACCCGAUGAGCCGUGCUCCAUCACCUCGUCUCUCAACUACUUCCCUCAGGGCGAACGUGGCGACGCCAACGUGACGGCCCCGCCCAAGUCUCCGCCCUCUAACCUCACGGUGGUGACCGUGGAGGGAUGUCCGUCCUUCAUCAUCCUGGACUGGGAGAAAACCGACAACGACACCACAGAGUAUGAAGUCAUCUCCACCGCCAAAGGACCCGAUGGUGAGCAGGUCUCCAUCCUGACCACCAACCAGACUCACACGGCCGUGGAAAACCUCAAGCCUGAGAGCAGCUAUGAGUUUAAGGUGAAGCCAAAGAACGAGCUGGGCGAGGGUCCUCCCAGUGAGCCGGUCUCCUUCAGCACAGAGUCAGCGGACCCUCGGGUGAGCGAGAAUGUGUCAGGGAAAGACGCCAUCUGGACGCAGUUUCCCUUCAAGACGGACUCGUACUCCGACUGUCACGGCAAACAGUACGUGAAGAGGACCUGGUACCGCAAGUUUGUGGGCGUGCAGCUGUGCAACUCGCUCAGGUACAAGAUCUACCUGAGCGACUCGCUCACCGGUAAAUUCCACAACAUCGGAGAUCAGACGGGCUUCGGGGAGGAUCACUGUCAGUUCGUCGACUCAUUCCUAGACGGACGGACGGGCCGACAGCUCCAAGCUGACCAGCUGCCCUCCAGACCAGGUUUUUAUCGUGCCAUUCGUCAGGAGCCCGUCCACUUUGGACAGAUCGGAGGCCCCUCCCAUAUCAGCUACGUGUCAUGGUAUGAGUGUGGGACGCCGAUCCCCGGGAAGUGGUGAGAGGACUGGUGGUCUUUGGGGGGGAGGAGGCCCUGCCCCCUCCUCAGUGCUGUAAAAACAUGUAGAGGACAGACUGUCAGGGAGAAAUAUGUAAACAUGCCUCAUCUUAACUAUUUAUCAAACAACAGCAGGAAACAUGGAGGCGUGUCCUCUCUGCAGAGGGGGCGUGGCUAACUUACCAUACAGUGAUUUUGUUUUGUUAUAAAAGGGAAGCUGGCUCCCUGAAGACUAUGUUCUUACCGUGUGAGAUGUUUUAUUUAUCUGGUUAUAUUUCGACCGUCACAGAGUAUUAUGGGAUGUGUUACAGGGUCAGACAGGUACCUGCUGCUUUUACCUGGACCUCACCUAAAGACGGGGCUGGUUCUCAUGACGGGAAAAUAUUAAGCUGGCUUAGCUCUGGGUUAGCUCUCGUUAGCUCUCGUUAGCUCUGGGUUAGCUCUCGUUAGCUCUCGUUAGCUCUCGUUCGCUCUCGUUCGCUCUCGUUAGCUCUGGGUUAGCUCUCGUUAGCUUUCGUUAGCUCUCGUUAGCUCUGGGUUAGCUCUUGGUUAGCUCUCGUUAGCUUUCGUUAGCUCUCGUUAGCUCUGGGUUAGCUCUUGUUAGCUCUCGUUAGCGUUCGUUAGCUCUGGGUUAGCUCUUGGUUAGCUCUUGUUAGCUCAGGCUUGGCUCUCGUUAGCUCUCGUUAGCUCUGGGUUAGCUGUGGGUAAGCCCAGCUGCACGCCGCUGACCUGCACGCCGUUCUGAUGCAUCUGUGAGUUCAGUGUGGGGACUCUCUCACCUGAGUCUCGUCCUUUACCUCCUCAUACACACCAGCACAAAGUCAUGGACACGACAGAAAGAUUAAGAUUUACUUUAUUGAUCCCGCAAGGAGAAAUUCUGUUUAAAACAGAAACAGAGAAGAAGAAGUGUAACGUUCGCUGUCGACCUCGUUGUUGACCACUGUUUUAUUCUGCCAUAAAGCACACAGGUGGUUAAUGACAGGUGUGACUCUGAGUGGGUAGCUGAGUCUACAGGUGGCGCUGUAGACGCUCCGUGUGGGCAUUAUCUUCUUCUUCUUCUCUUCAGGGUUUGAGGAUUGAUGAUCCAUGUGUCGGUGUCUCAAAGCUGAAAAGUGCUUUCUGUCCGUUAAUCUAACAUCCUGGUCCUCACCUGACUUAUUGUUCCCAUAGCUAGCAUGCUAAGUGGCUAAUGGUCUCAGACCUAUCAGGAGUUCUGUUCUUCAUAAAGGUUAGAACGUGACUAACACAUGAACACAAGCUACAUGCUAAUGCUAACUCUUCAUUAUCUCUCUUGUGUUUAAAUUUGCUCUGAAGAUUGUAAAUAAAGUUUCUCCACGAGGCUGGAUGAAGAUGUUUUUAUAAAAAUGUUUUUAUAUUCAGUGUCAAUAAAAACUUUUUUUUAAAA